AUGAUCGUCGAUGACCCGGCAUCGAAUUCGAAUAACGCCAGUGCCACCAUCAAUCACAUUUCUUUGGAUUGGAAUGUCGAUUUCGGGCGUAAAUGUAUUUUUGGUGUUGUUGAGUUGUUUGUACGAAUAUUAAACGACACUGCAAAUAUCAUUCUGGAUGGACGUUCGCUAACAAUCAAAGCGAUUAGGAUUGUUGAUAUGGAAAAAGUAACAUGGACGAAAUUUGAUGAAAAUGUACUAGGUGAACGUUAUGUUAUUGAAUUUGAUAAGCGAAAAUCUGGUGAUGAAUUCGUUUUGACUGUUGAAUACAAUACGGGUGAAGCUGAGAAAUGUACUGCAUUGCAGUUUUUAAAUGCCGAGCAGACAACCGAUAAACUUGGACCUUAUUUAUUUAGUCAAUGUCAAGAGAUAAAUUGUCGUUCACUGUUACCUUGUAUGGACACUCCAUUAGUAAAGCAGUCAUAUGAAGCAAAAGUAACCGUACCAAGUGGAUUUACUUGUUUGAUGAGUGCUAUGGAAUGGCAGCGCGAAGAAAAAGAGGAUUUUUCAACAUUCUAUUUCAAACAGUUCAUUCCGAUCCCAUCUUAUUUAUUUGCAAUUGUUGUUGGAAUACUCGAAAAACGAUCAGUUAGCGAUCGUUGUGCGAUAUGGGCUGAACCAUCGGUCGUUGACAAAGCGUUUUUUGAAUUCUCAGAAGUUGAAGAUAUAUUAUGCACUACAGAAAGUAUUAUUGGACCAUAUGUUUGGGAAAGAUAUGAUUUAGUGGUAUUGCCUUCAUCUUUUCCAUUUGGUGGAAUGGAAAAUCCGAAUCUGACGUUUGUAACUCCAACGUUAUUAGCUGGCGAUAGAUCUCUUGUGCGUGUUAUCGUCCAUGAAAUAGCUCAUAGUUGGACGGGUAAUUUGGUAACUAAUGCGAAUUGGGAGCAUUUUUGGUUAAAUGAAGGCUUCACUGUAUUUUUGGAACGAAAAGUUCUUGGGCGACUUUAUGGUGAAGAUAUCAGGCAUUUCGAAGCCGAAAUGGGAUGGAAUGCUCUUGAGUUGGAUAUUAAAGAAAGGUUCUCAGAAAGUGAUCCUUUCACCAAACUGGUUCAGCAGCAUGGCAAAAUCGAUCCGUUCGAUGCUUUUAAUAUUAUACCGUAUGAGAAGGGAUCUGCUUUCUUGAUGUAUCUUGAGCAAAUACUCACCAACAAUGAUCCUUUGACCUUCGAGAAUUGUCUGCGAGAUUAUAUCGAGAAAUAUCGAUAUAACUUCAAUGGUCGUCUUAUAAAAGUUGUUGAUUUACUUGCAAAGAAAUUUUUGACGACCAGUGAAUCAGACAUUCAUAUGAUCAAAUUGGAUGAAUUUAAUUCGUUCACAAGCAGUCAAAAAGUCAAAUUUCUCAGAAUUAUAUAUUCGUAUGAAAUACCGCUGUCUUUGGAAAAAAUCGAAAAACUUGAUAGCUUAUUUGGCUUAUCAUUAAAUGAAAAUUGCGAAAUAUUUUACUGGUGGAUACUAAUUAGUAUAAAGGCUCGAUGGAAAACAAUUAUACCAUUAGCGCUCUCCUUCGUUUCACGCCAAGGACGCUUAAAAUAUAUUCAACCUAUAUAUAGCGAUUUAUUCAAAUGGGAUGAAAGUGCCUCUGAAGCAAUCUCAACAUUUCAAAAGAAUAUUCCCUUUAUGCAUCCGAUGUCGGUGGCGAAGAUCAAAAAAAUUCUCAAAUUGUGA